AGCACCAGAACAGUGUGAAGCUGGUCAGUGUCUUGAGAGUUGUGUGAGAACAGGAGCGGUCCUACAGACGCAGAGAGUCCCAAAGCAAAUCUUCACACGAUGAGCCUGGCUCUGAUCCACGACAAGGACCACAUCAAGAACUUCUGGGAGAAGAAGAUAGUGGCCGUUGGGGAGCACUGCGAGACCGAGGAGAUGAGGAAGUCGAAGAGUGCGUUGAGAAAACUGCGGGGCGAGUGGCUGGUGCGUCUGGAGAACAGAAACAAACAUCUGAAGAGCCUCAACGAUGAGUACAGCCGCAAAGCCAAGAUGGCCGCGCCGGAGAAGGAGCAGGAGGAGCAGACGUAGGGAACCAUUCUACCACCUCCUUCAGACUACACUGAUGGCUCCAACAAUAUCACUAUUCGACCACCCUCUCCAGCAUUUCCCUUGUUGUAGUUUACUAUGUAGAGCGGGGCACUGAGAUGCAUGCAAAAGGGGGAUAGAAGGUUAUGCUUGUAUUUUCUGUGUAGUUGAAUGGCUGCAUACUGAGGGAUUAUAGUUUGUUUGAUCAUUGGGAAUAGGGCUAAUCACUGGUCAUUAAAUCAGUAACAUUGUUCUUUGUGUGAAGUUAGAUAACCUGUGAAUGUAUCUUCAAAGCUGAAGCAGAUUCUGGUCCUAUAUGUCUGUUUGAAGAAUAAAUGCCCUAUUUUUC